CAAUAUUUUAUGAUCAAUUAAAACAAAAAACAUCAGCAGCAUGUAGUAGCCGCAGCAAUGAACUCAACUGCCCGGGAAACACAGCCGGAGUCCGUCGUCGACCGCCGUCAGAAACAGUGAAAAACUCAUCCAAUUAUUCUCCGACGCGAUUCCACCGUACCAGAUAAUUACCCAUCCCCCAUUUUGGCGCUAAAGCGGCGAAAUUCACAACCUAGUUUUAGGUCACAAUGGAUGCUACAAAGACAAUUGCAAUUUGUCAAUCAGGAGGAAAAUUUGAAACUGCAAAAGAUGGUACUUUGUCAUACAAAGGUGGUGAUGCUCAUGCUAUGGAUAUUGACGAUCAAAUGAAAUUUAUCGACUUUAAGGUGGAAAUAGCUGAGAUGUUUAGUUUUAGUCAUGUUAGUAGCAUGUCUAUUAAGUAUUUUCUUCCGGGGAAUAAGACCACUCUCAUUUCAAUUUCGAACGAUAAGGAUUUACAACGAAUGGUUAAGUUUCAUCAUGGUUCGAGUACGGUUGAAAUUUAUAUCUUUGUUGAAGAUCCACUUGUCCUUGAAGCGUUGUCAACCAUGCCUGCCAGUAGGUCAAGCAGAACAACUUUGUCUGAAACAGCGUUGCCUAUCAAUACCAUACUGAAUCCUGAAGGCGAUUAUGCUCCACCUGAUGCUUCUCAUGAUACUAUUCCGAUGGAUACAGAUAUGGACAUACCUCUUUUGAGUCUUUCGUCAAACGAGGAGAAGCUUGCUAAAGGGGCACAGCAAUGGCAGAAUACUAUCACUGGCGUGGGUCAAAGGUUCAACAGCGUACAUGAAUUUCGAGAGUUGUUGCGUAAAUAUGCUAUUGCUCAUCAGUUUGCUUUUAAAUAUAAAAAGAAUGAUAGUCAUCGUGUGACUGUUAAAUGCAAAGCUGAAGGUUGCCCUUGGAGAAUUCAUGCGUCGAGGCUGUCAAGCACUCAGUUGAUAUGCAUAAAAAAGAUGAAUCCGGAACAUACUUGUGAAGGGGCUGCUGGAACGACAGGGCAUCAAGCAACUAGAGGUUGGGUGGCUGGUAUUAUCAAGGAAAAGUUGAAAGCUUGUCCUGACUACAAGCCCAAGGACAUUGUCAAUGACAUCAAGCAGGAAUAUGGAAUUCAACUUAACUACUUUCAAGCAUGGCGUGGGAAAGAGAUUGCAAAGGAGCAGCUUCAGGGUUCCUAUAAAGAGGCGUAUAGUCAGUUACCUUUUUUCUGUGAAAAAUUAAUGGAGGCUAAUCCUGGAAGUCUAGCUAUGUAUACUACUAAGGAAGACUCAAGCUUCGAUCGUCUCUUUGUAUCAUUUCGUGCUUCGUUGUAUGGCUUUCAACAAGGUUGCCGACCACUGAUUUUCCUUGAUAGCAUUCCACUGAAGUCAAAAUACCAGGGGGCAUUGUUAGCAGCAACAGCUGCUGAUGCAGAUGAUGGUGUAUUCCCUGUUGCCUUUGCCAUUGUUGACGCUGAAUCUGAUGAUAGUUGGCAUUGGUUCUUGCUUCAACUCAAAUCAGAGCUGUCAACAUCUGUUCCCAUAACAUUUGUAGCAGACAGAGAGAAUGGACUGAAAAACUCAAUUGCUGAGAUAUUUGAAGGUUCAUUUCAUGCGUAUUGCCUGCGAUACUUAACGGAGCAACUUUUUAGAGACUUGAAAGAGCAGUAUUCGCACGAGGUAAAGCGACUCAUGAUUGAGGAUUUAUAUGCUGCUGCUUAUGCACCCAAACCAGAAGGUUUUCAGAACUGCAUGGAGAACAUCAAACGGAUUUCCGUAGAAGCUCACAAUUGGGUUAUGCAAAGUGAUCCCCAGAAUUGGGCGAAUUCAUUUUUUCAGGGUACUAGGUAUAAUCACAUGACUUCAAACUUUGGGGAGCUGUUCUACUCUUGGGCAUCAGAUGCAGAUGAUUUACCGAUAACACAGAUGGUUGAUGUUAUUCGGGGCAAGAUUACAGAGUUGAUUAUUACCAGAAAGGCAGAAUCUGAUCAGUGGUCGACUAGACUAAGUCCAUCCAUGGAGGAGAAGCUUAAACUGGAAAUUCAAAAAAGCCCUUCACUUCAAGUUAUAUUAUCGGCUGAUAGUACAUACGAAGUUUGUGGUGACUCAUCUGAGUUAGUUGAUAUUGACAGGUGGGAAUGUAGUUGUAAAACCUGGCAGCUAAGUGGGCUGCCAUGCUGCCAUGCCAUUGCUGUCAUUGUUGCGAUAGGCCGGUCUGUUUAUGAUUUUUGCUCUAGAUACUGUACAUCUGAAAGCUACAGAUUGACUUACUCAGAGUGUAUAAAUCCGAUAAUAAACAUGGAUGUGCCGGCUGCAAUUGAGCCCUUGGUAACAGUAACACCUCCUCCCACCCGACGACCACCAGGCCGACCAGCUGCAAAGCGAUACGGCUCUCAAGACCUAGUCAAGCGGGAUCUACAUUGCAGCCGAUGCAAGGGACUAGGGCACAACAAGUCUACUUGCAAGGAUGAGUUGUAUCUCAGCAAUACUUGAAAGUUGAAAGGAGGAAUUAUAGUUUUGGACUUGGUAAUUGUCAUCUUCCUUUGAGUUUACACCCCACCCCCAGAUUUUUGGAUGGCAAAUAGUGGCAAUUAACUAAUUAGUAUUAUUAUUAUCAUUUCCCCUUUUGAAUUUUAUAACAGAGUUUGAACCAAGGAUUGGUGGCAUAGGAAACUGUACAAUGCAUCUAACAGUUAUUUUGAAUGGACUGGGAAAAAAAUGUAGACUAGAAUAACCGUUUUGGUUGUGCAAUAAGUUAAUAAUAAUAGUACUUGGAGUUGAGAACAAUAGUUACCUAGUGUAUGUUAUUCUUUUGCAGUUGUAUUGCUGGUUUUAAGUUCGAUGAUGUAAAGGAACUAUAUUAUUAGUUGUUAUGCUUGGAAACUAUUUUGGCACAA